AUGCAAUAUUUAUUACUGCUAAUUGUGGCAAUCUCGCUUGUGAGCAGCCUUAAUGCAAGGCCGCAGUCGGGCGAGCCCAUCAAAAUUAUACGCCAGGAGCAGGAGGUUAACUUUGAUGGCUCCUACAAAUACGGCUAUGAGACGGAAAAUGGCAUCAAUGUAGAGGAGGAGGGUUAUCUCAAAAAUGCAGGCACCGACAACGCCGGACCUGUCGCUCAGGGCUUUUAUUCCUACACUGCACCUGAUGGCACGCCCAUACGCAUAACAUACGUAGCCGAUGAGAACGGCUUCCAGCCACAGGGCGAUCAUUUGCCCACAGCACCACCCAUUCCACCAGCAAUACAACGCGCGCUUGAAUACAUUGCCACAGCGCCACCACCCGCUGCCGAGCCACAAAGCGCCUACACUGCACGUCGUGGUUGAGCUUUCCAAAAGUCACAGGCAAAAACAAACACGUUUUUUAUUUAGCUAAAACAUCAACAAUCAACAUCUUGUGCACAUGAUUUAGCUUAAAAUUCUUUUGGCAAACUCCAUCUAAACAGUUUUAAAUGAUAAAAAUAAAUAAAGCAAG